ACAACAAGCCUUGGACUCACCACUGCUCGUAGUCGUAGCUCUUGAGUUGGGAGUGAUCGAUGGCUCAGGGAAGGGGCAGUGCCGUGGCUCUGGGGUUGGCCCUGCUUUGCCUCCUCAUCCACAGCGAGAUCGCGGACGCCGCCACCUACGUCGUCGGCGACAGCGGCGGCUGGACCUUCAACGUUGUCGGCUGGCCCAGUGGGAAGCGCUUCAGGCCCGGCGACGUGCUCGUUUUCAGGUACAAUCCUUCGGUUCACAACGUGGUCGCGGUGAGCGCGGCCGGCUACAGCGGUUGCUCGGCUCCCACAGGCUCGAGGGUCUUCACUUCCGGGAACGACCGCAUCACGCUGGCCCGAGGAACGAACUACUUUAUCUGCAGCUUCCCCGGCCACUGCCAGGCCGGCAUGAAGAUUGCCGUCACCGCCGUGUAGCUCCCUGGCAGAUGAGAUGGACAAUAAUUAUAGUGAUAGUAGCGUGCGUGAAAGAUGGAGAACGAUAUGUCGUGUUUGAGUGGUCAUUAAAUAAAGUCGGUUGGUUGUUUGUGGUUGAUGAGCUUUGGUUCAAUGAUGAGACAUAACAUAGCGAGAGUGAAGUGGCUUCCUGUGGACUGUGAUUGCUGUGUGCUACUGGAAUUAAUUGCUUCUUAUAAUAUUAUCGAUCUAAUCUUUUCCUCUUC